AUGGUGCAUCGGUAUCAUGAGCUGACCAAGUUCCUGGACGCCGAUGACGAUGAUAUCCUGGAUUUGCUGCCGUCUCCGGCCUGCAAGCGGCGCUUGAAGGACCUCUAUGCCGAGUUGAAAGACAUCAAGUCUGUAUCAAAGGCUCUACAAGGCAGUGAUGUUACUCUCCUUGAUGCGAGAGUGUGGUUCGGCGGGAUGAUCGCAGCGCACCCGGCUUUUGCGGACUACAUCGGGCCGCGCGCUACGAUCGUCCACAGCCCUGAUUUUGAAGCGGGUUGUGUGCGUAUCCUGAAGGGCAGCAGCGUCCGACUCACCGCCGCAGAGAAACGGGUGCUGCGUGCGUUAGCGUGUACCUCGGCCGUCGCCACGAACGGUGCGGAAGACGGCGGCGAGGUGCCAGAGUCGAUCACGUCAAUUAGUGUGAGUAACAGUACAAAUGACAAGAUCCUUGCAUUAUUUAUGAGGCUCUAUCUGCACUAA